AUGGAACAAGUUGGUAUCAGAGGGACGUCACUGAAAAUAUUUAAAGACUAUCUAAAAAGUAGGAAACAAAGGGAAAAAUUGGCAAAUGACUACAGUGAUGAUGCUGUGUGUUGUGAGUAUGGAGUGCCGCAGGGUAGCGUCUUGGGUCCAACACUUUUCUUAUUGUAUAUCAACAACUUGUGUGAUUUAGAUAUAAAAACCGGAAGAUUAUUCACCUUUGCGGAUGAUACAUCUAUUGUUUUUCACGGUAGAACUUUGGAUGAAGCAAAGUUAAAUACCGAAACUGGCUUAAAUAAAAUAGCAAAAUGGCUUAACCAUAACCUAUUAACUCUUAAUACUACUAAAACGAAAUUCAUUCUCUUUGGAAAUACAGUACGAUCUCUACCAAUUGGAAAUGAUUUCGGGAUUCAACUACACACCUGCCAAUACAAUGUACAAAAUGAAUGUAACUGCACCUUUCUGGAUAGAACCAGAAUAGUUAAAUACCUGGGAGUGCUCCUAGACGAAAGAUUAACAUGGGUCCCACACAUUAACUUGCUAGCGGGGAGAAUAAGGAGACCCAUAUGUAUUUUUAGGAAGCUGAGGCACGUAGCGGAUCACAAACUAAUAAAAAAUGUGUACACAGCACUGGCUGAGUCUAUCUUGAGUUAUUGUAUCUCUUCUUGGGGUGGUGCCCGAAAGACUCAUCUGAUAGAAGUAGAAAGAGCACAACGUACCUUACUUAAAGUCAUUAAAUUUAAACCAUUCAGGUACCCUACGGUCGAUCUUUAUUCAGAAUGCGACGUCCUAACCGUCAGACAACUAUACAUUAAAAAUAUAAUAAUUUACCAACAUAAAAAAUUAAUUUAUGAUGAUGCCAUCGCAAAUAGACGAACACAUAGAGUCUGUCCCACCACUCAAGCAAAAACAAGCUACUUACAAAAAUUUCAAUGUUAUACAGGCCCCAUGUUGUACAAUAGACUGAAUAAAAUUCUUAAUAUUUAUCCCCUUAAUAUCUAUGAAUGUAAAAUAAAACUGGUUGAAUGGCUAAAAACUCAGAAAUAUAAUGAAAUAGAAAACUUGUUUACUAAUGUAAAAUAA